AUGUCUGAGAGCGAGCAAGAACCUUAUACAGUCCCAAUUCAAGAGCCAUGGCCUCCUGUUUUAUCAUCAUCAGAAGAGGAAGACCCAUUUGUUGACCGUCUUGAAGAUCCUAUCAGAGACUCAGAGUUUUCUGUCAAAAACUUAUACGACAAAGUUCUUACUCCCUCCUCCGUGAGCGAACAAAGCCAUUGGAAAAAAUCCCAUUUUUUGCCCAACAAUCUACCCACCAGAGCAAACAAAAAUUUUUUUGAUAUAAAAAAAUUUUUAUGAAAAAAAAUUGAUAUAUAAGUGAUUAUUAGUAUAAUGAAAUCUCGAGCUAACUCUGUUUAUUUUAAACAAAUUGCAUUUUAAAACAUAAAUUCUGCAAAUUUGAUAAUAUAUCCCUUUACAAUUUUUGCGAAUUGGAUUUAUUUAAAUUUCGAAAAAAUAUUUACUAUAAAUUUUAUGUGUAAAUUUUUAAAAAAAAUUAAUCCUCCUCUGCGAGCGAACAAAAUUAUUUUGUUCGCUCAAGGAUGGGGGGAGUUAAAAAGAUAUCAAGAGAGCAAAGCUUAGAUGAAAUAGACAGCGAAAGCAAUGAAGAGCAUUCCAUAUCAGAAACAAAAACCCAAGGAGGUCCAAUACAGCUUGUAAAAGUCAACGAAGACGGAAGAUUCGAAGUCUGCAAAAAAGGUGCGAAAUUCUUGAAAUCAUUAAAAGGAAAAAUGGGAGUUGUCUCUAUAGGAGGUCCAACAAGAGGUGGGAAAAGCUUUAUAUUAAAUUUACUUUCUAAUGGCACAGGAUCUGGAUUUGCAGUAGGAAGCAAAGUCCAGGCUUGCACUCAAGGAAUAUGGAUCUGGGGAGAGCCCAUACAGACAUCUGAUAUGUGCAUAAUUUUUUUGGAUUCUGAAGGCUGCAAAAGUGUUGAAAAAUCUGCGACUCAUGAUGCGAAAAUGUUUGCAGUGCUGAUUCUUUUAUCAUCUGUUUUUAUUUAUAACUCAAAAGGGGUAAUUGAUGAGCAAGCUGUAAACCAAUUAAGUCUAGCCACAAGCUUAUCUGAGAUGAUAUCCACCAAAGUUUCAGCUUAUGACACUGAUGAAGACGCUAAACAGAGACUAGCUGCCUUGGCGCCUAAGUUUGUGUGGCUUUUAAGAGAUUUCCAUUUAAGCUUGGUAGACGAAGAGGAUAACCCAAUUUCUUCAAAACAAUAUAUGGAAAAUAUCCUGAAUAUGAAAAGCAGCUAUGGGAGAAAUCCUGAAAAAUAUGGGAAAAUCAGACAGGAAAUAUUGGAUCUUUUUAGAGAAAGAGACUGCAUUACACUGCCUAGGCCGAUUGAUCAAGAAAGACAGCUUGAGCUGCUUAAUGAGCAUGAUCUCAACACUCUGAGACCAAAGUUCAAAAAAGGCUUUGAAAGGCUGCAGUAUUCAGUCUUGCAACAAUGUCCAAGUAAAAAGUUUGAUGGGCUUGAUAUGAGUGGAAGAAAUCUCUUAGGCUUGCUAAAUGAAUUUGUAAAGGCUAUUAAUGAUGGUGUUGUUCCCAAUAUAAACAGCACUUGGAGUCAAGUUAUGAAAAACCAGUAUGAAGAUUUAUUGGAGGAUAUUAAAAAGAAAUACACCAAGGGAAGAAAUGUUGAAAUCCAAGAAAUGCCAUACGAAACAGGAGAUCUCCUCAUGAAACUUCAGACUUCGAAAGAUAGAGCUCUAGCACUCUUCAGAGAUGUCUCACUAAGAGAUGAAGGGCUUGAAGAAGAAUGUAGAGAAGAUUUCGAGCUGUAUUAUCAAGACGAUAUCAACUUCACACAAAAAGCAAACCUUGCAGCUUCUGAGGCUUACAAUUUAUCUCUGAUUGAAAAGCUGUUCAAAGAAAUUAUCAUUAAUCUAGAUCAAGGAAAAUACACCAAUCGAUUUGAGUCCUUAGAUGACGAUUGGGCAAAUGCAAUGAAACAAUAUGAGAAAUUAUCGAAAGGGCCUGGAAAAUUCUCUGCAAUUAGUGAGUUUUCUAGAAAAAACCAACACUCAGCAUUUGCAAGGCUGUUCCAAGAUACAAUUGAGAACUAUGAAAAUGAAAUAAAAACCCUUCGCAAGAACCAGAAGAAAUAUGAAACAGAAAUAUAUGAAAAUAAACUGAAAAAUUCUGAUGAUGUAACAAGGCUUGUUUAUGACCAUGUAAUGUAUAUUCAGAUUAAUAAUGUCGAGAACGAGCUGGGGAUCGUUAUUAGUGAUAAAGAUAAAUUAGAAGAAGUUCUUGAGCAGAUUGAAAAAGAAAUUCUGAAUGCACUGUAAAUUUUACAUAGCAAAAAGAAAAAAACCGCAGUGCAGAGAAAAGACUCGACUGAUAGAACGAAGCCCAAAGGCAAGUCUUGUGGAGCUUGCACUUCUUUUUAA